UGCUGAAGCGGGCGGGGCCGCGGGACAACAAGCGGGGUACGGUUUCUCAGCUUCUUCUCCAGGCCUCGUCGAAGACCCGUUUUUGUUUUCCCCUUCUGAAUCCCCCCCCCCCAAAAAAAACCAUGAGCGGCUCUAGCCCAGACAAAGGGGAACCCCAGAAGAGCGAGGGGGAGACCAAAACGGAACUGCCCCAGGAUGAAGCCGACGGAGCCGAGAUGGACUGGGAGGCGGCGAGGAUUGCCUACGAGAGUCUCACCAGCACCAAGAGACCUCGGCCCCCCAAGCCUCAAAAUGCCAUCACCAUUGCAGUGUCUUCCCGAGCUCUCUUCGAUAUGGUGGAGGAAAGGAAAAUUUAUGAAGAGCAAGGUCUGGAAAAGUACGUGGAAUACCAACAGGCCAACGAGAACGUCACUCUGAAACCUGGCCCUGCUUUUGCCUUUGUCAAGGCAGUGGAACAUGUAAAUACACGACUUCGUGAACUCUAUCCUGACGAUGAAGAGCUGUUUGAUAUCGUGCUCAUGACUAAUAACCAUGCCCAAGUGGGAGUGAGACUUAUCAACAGCAUUAACCACUACGGUCUUCUAAUUGAACGGUUCUGUAUGACUGGAGGCAAGAGUCCCAUUGGGUACUUGAAAGGAUACCUUACCAAUCUCUAUCUUUCUGCUGAUUCUGAAAAAGUCCAGGAAGCCAUAGAAGCAGGAAUUGCUGCUGCCACUUUAUUUUCUGGAAAUAAAAAUGUGCCUUAUGAUGAUAAACAACUCCGAGUAGCCUUUGAUGGAGAUGCUGUUCUUUUUUCUGAUGAAUCUGAAAUUAUUGUGAAAGAACAUGGCCUGGAUAGGUUUUUUGAGCAUGAGAAGAUCCAUGAGAAUACACCUCUGGCGAAGGGUCCUUUGAAAUGUUUCCUGGAAGAUCUUGGAAGGCUCCAGAAAAAGUUUUACCUCAAGAACGAACGGUUGGACUCACCAAUCAGGACUUAUCUGGUGACAGCCAGGAGUGCUGCCAGCUCUGGAGCCAGAGUGCUGAAGACUCUUCGAAGCUGGGGGGUACAGAUUGAUGAAGCCCUCUUCCUUGCAGGGGCACCCAAGGGUCCAAUCUUGGCAAAAAUCAGACCUCACAUUUUCUUUGAUGAUCAGAUGUUUCACAUAGAAGGAGCACAGCAGCUGGGCACUAUUGCUGCACAUGUACCGUAUGGCAUCGGACAGAAGUACCACAAAUCCAAACUGAAAGAGAAUCCAGCCCAAAAUUAGUUCCAUUUACCUUGCCGAUAAAUUUGCUGUAAAGUUUAAUAUUUCCACAUGUGGGUUUCUAUCAAGGCUAUAUUGAUGGGAGUUAUUGAGGGUGGGGAGCACAUUUUGUUAUUCACAUUCUUGUACCAAUAAUAAAACACUUUGAAUGCUGUUGUUUUUAGACAUUUCUAGCUACCGCUUAUUUAGUGUUGGAAAAUAAAGCUAUGAAAUUUGUACAGUACAGAGCAGAGUUUAUUAAACAAUCAU